UGUUUUUAGUUUGUGUGAAAUAUCUGCUUGAAAUGCAUCGUCUCACCAGGCUCCACAGUUGGUGUUUGGAAAAAGUACAACACGUGUUCCUACAUUAUGGUUUAAAUGACAUCACUUUGAAAGUUCACUUAAAACUCAAGUUAGGACUUCAAGGAAUUGAAUGAUUCAUGACCUCUUUGAUAGGAUGAGAGAGAUUGUUUUAAUAGUAGCAUGUCAAAUUGCACUUGGUUUUGUAUUUUUUUUUCCUCACCUCAAGUGAACAUGACAAUUACUUACUGUUUUUUUCGUGAGAGGUGACCGGAGGCAGGAGGAGGUAAUGUUUUGGUUGAGGCUUAUUUUGUUAGAUCCCCCCAGUGACUGUUUAGGAAGGAUGUCGCUUUGCACGUCAGCUUGAGCGUGGCAAAUUCCUGCUGUCCUACUCGGUGAAUGAGAUGCUGCACUUCAUACGAAACUUGGAAGGAGACCUGGUGAAACUGCUGUUCUGUCUCAGUGAAUAGCAGGUAAUUAGUUCCUUCAAUUAUGAGUAACAUGCUGAACCCGGAUGCUAUUUUUUCAAACAAUGAAAUGAGCCUGUCAGACAUUGAAAUCUAUGGCUUUGAUUAUGACUACACGUUGGUCUUUUAUUCUAAGCAUCUGCACACUUUGAUCUUCAACGCUGCACGUGAUCUUCUUAUUAAUGAGCAUAGGUAUCCUGCAGAAAUAAGGAAGUAUGAUUAUGAUCCGAAUUUUGCAAUAAGAGGACUUCAUUAUGAUGUGCACCGGGCAUUAUUAAUGAAGAUUGAUGCUUUUCAUUAUAUACAGCUAGGAACAGUGUACAGAGGCCUCAGUGUUGUCCCAGAUGAAGAAGUCAUUGCAAUGUAUGAUGGUUCCCAUGUUCCCUUGGAACAAAUGAGUGACUUUUAUGGAAAGAGCUCACAAGGAAAUACAAUGAAGCAAUUCAUGGAUAUAUUUUCCUUGCCAGAGAUGACACUCCUUUCUUGUGUGAAUGAGUAUUUUCUGAAGAACAACAUAGACUAUGAGCCUGUUCAUCUGUACAAAGAUGUCAAGGAUUCAAUCAGGGAUGUCCACAUCAAAGGAAUAAUGUAUAGAGCAAUUGAAGCAGAUAUUGAGAAAUAUAUCUGUUAUGCUGAACAAACUCGUGCAGUAUUAGCUAAGCUGGCUGAUCAUGGCAAGAAGAUGUUUCUUAUCACAAACAGCCCCAGCAGCUUUGUGGACAAAGGCAUGAGGUUUAUAGUUGGCAAGGACUGGAGGGAUCUCUUUGAUGUGGUCAUUGUGCAGGCUGAUAAGCCAAACUUCUUCAAUGAUAAGCGAAGACCAUUUCGGAAAGUGAAUGAAAGGGGAGUGUUGCUUUGGGACAAAAUCCACAAACUGCAGAAAGGCCAGAUCUACAAACAGGGCAACUUGUACGAAUUUCUGAAGCUGACUGGUUGGAGAGGCUCUAAGGUGCUCUACUUUGGUGAUCACAUCUACAGUGACUUGGCAGAUUUGACCCUGAAGCAUGGCUGGCGCACCGGUGCGAUUAUCCCCGAGUUACGAUCAGAGAUUAAAAUCAUGAACACAGAGAAGUACAUUCAAACCAUGACCUGGCUGCAAACUCUGACAGGAUUACUGGAACACAUGCAGGUUCACCGUGAUCCUGAUUCACAAAUGAUUUUAGAAGAAUGGAAGAAGGAAAGAAAGGAGAUGAGGGAAAUGAACAGGAAUUUCUUCAACGCACAAUUUGGAAGCUUAUUCAGAACAGAUGAGAAUCCCACUUACUUCCUCAGACGUCUCUCUAGAUUUGCAGAUAUCUACAUGGCAUCACUGAGUUGUCUCUUGAACUAUGAGCCUGAUUACACAUUUUAUCCAAGAAGGACUCCUUUGCAGCACGAACUUCCUGGCUGGUCAGACCAGCUGUGCACUGGUACAUUCAGAAUACCCUUCCUACAAGAGACAGUUCAGGUCAAAUAAGCACUUGCCUUGUUCUCUCUAAAAUGGGCUAAUUUGUUGGGGUUUUUUUGUUUUUUUUUGUUUGUUUGUUUUGUUUUGUUUUUGAAUAUAGAUGUAUUUUAAGUCACUUAAAUCAUUACCUUGAUUUAGAAGUAAUUCAUACUCGUUCUCGUAAGCAUUGUACUUAUUUUCUUUCCUCCUGCUCAGAGAUGCAAAACCUGUUCUUACACACAGAGGACAUGCUGGACUGCCGAAACAGUUUUGGGCUGGGUGGGAGGAAAGACUGACAUUCAAGGGUGGUUGCCUUUGUUUCUUGGUUUGAAACUUGGAUCUACAGCUAUGUGAUUUAGAGAGAGCUAUGCUGUCCCUUCAGAUCUCUAGCUGCAGUCUGCAGUAGCUCUUGGCACUCAAAAGCGUAAAUCCGGUAUUAGUAAUGCAGUGAUAUGCAAUUACCAGCCAGUUUAUGGUAAGAUUUAGAGAGAUGGUGUAUGCAUUUUAACUUUGUGUUGCAUGCAGCCAGCAUGUUAUCUGUAACUGAUGUAACUGGUAUGGUAUGUGUGUGCAUCUCUGCUGCGCUCUGAUGGCUGCCAUACAGGCGUGCUCAGGUGGAUGUGCUCUUUUCCUGCCUGUACACCUGUGCUUGGAUGUGGACCUGAGCCAAAGCCUGACAGCAAUGGGAAGCUUGGGCUGCUUCAGCUUCCUUCUGUUUCUUUUUAGACAUGUUUCUUAGUUUUUAAACAAACUAAAUAUCCGCUCUGUGAUAAUAAAGCCAUUUCAGGAGGUCUAGCAGGAUGCAUUUCAAAGCGAAAGCGGAAUUCCAUCAGACUUCAGAUUGAUCCAAAAUGCUGCUUUUUACAUUUCUAAGUGUCUUACAGUGGCAUGCAAUGCAGUUUAGGAGCUUCCUUGGAGAGAAUGUAUUUCACAUAGCCUUCUGUAACGGGUGUCUGCAUUCAGUAGUACAUACGCACAAUGGGUAAAUGAGUUGGGGGGGUGGAGAAGUAUAUGAAGAAAGAAAAAGAAAUCCAGAGUUAACUGGUGGCAUUUUUUUUUUAAUUUUUUUUUUUUUUUUAGCUGAAACCCCCAAAGCUGAACUGGGGGUGAUGGACAAUUUGUAUCAAGCAAAAUAAUUUUGACUGUGCAGGUGAGAAGUUUUACUGAAUUAACUAAAAUUGGAAGGAAGGCAUGAGCACAAACUUUGGGAGGCAUAAAUGUUCCAAAGAUUUGAGCUGAAUAUCUCUAUUUUGCACAAGGAAAACAUCUGUUGAUGUGUUUCCUCAAACAGGCACUUUAUAGAACUGCUAUAUGGUUGUUUUUAAAUUGGGAUGCUUUCUUUUCUCUGCAUCCAAAAGAAAGCUUUCUUUUUUUCUAUUUUGUUUUUUCUUAAGUGGUGCUUCCUGCUCCAGCCAUCUUAGAAAGCAUGUAAGUGAUAUAAUGGCUUUCAAAUGUUAAUUAAGGUUUCUUUUGUUAAAAGCAUGACAGUUAACAAAAUACAUAUAGAGUUUGGUAUCUUUCAUUUUAGGGCAUCAUUUGUUUCCUAUCAUGAUUGUCAGGUAGACAAACUUUUGGUGACCAAAAGUUUUCCUGUUUGUUUUUAACCAGUCUUAUGUAUACGAAUCUGUACUGAAUUCAAGAUGUGAUAUCUUGAAUGUUUUUUAAAAGCAUAUUUGCAAAGUAAUGAAUGUAUUUUAAUCUAGCAUGCACAAUUUCAUAUGCAGUUUUCCUGUAUGCUUGAAAUCAGUCUGAAUGCCUGGAGAUGUGCUUGUGGAUUUUCUAUUUGUGGUUUUCAUGAGCUCCUGUUUCAAACUUGACAUGCAAUACUCCUGAAGUGUGUGUUUGAACAGAUGAGUGCACCUGAAAUGAGGGAGCUCAUCUGACCGUCCUGCUGUUCUGGGGAAAGAGAAAAGAUGCUUUUUUGCAGAGUUAGUUAGGCAUUAUCAGGACAGGUAUUGGUGGGGCUGUGCAAGAGACUUAGCAGAAUUUGAUAAUAUGAGCUGUUCUGUGAGCUGAGCUCUGGAGCUGGAAGUUUGCCUUGGGUUCCUCAUCAUCAUGCUCAGCUAGAAGUGAACUUGGUAUUACUCUGUAUAGCACCUUUCUUGUUCCAGAGAUCUCAAUGCGCUGUUUAAAAUAAAACAAAAAAAUGUAUGUGCUUCAUCUUGCUACCAGCGAUUAAUAGCACUGCUACUCAGUUCUGCAUUAUUGAAUUUAAUAAUCGCUCUGAUGUUGAUUCCUUGGAACCUGGCCAGGAGUCAGUUUGUUUGCCCAUUUUUUCCAUGAUACCCAGGAAGGGUUGGAUGAUGUUAGCCACGCACUGCCCAUUUUGUUCCAAGACAGUUGUCUCCUCUCUUACCUUAGAAAUCCAUCCAAUGUCUGUACAAAGCUACCUGACAACAGCUAGCUGAAAUAAACCUUGUUUAUGUUGCAUGACUUGUUGAAAUAAACAGCACUGCAUGACAAAAAAUUAAUUAUGGGAGAGUCAUGUUCUUUUAAAACUAUAUACAAUUUGAGUUUAAGUGGGAGUUCUAAAAUGUAGUAUUUAUUUUUCACUGCUAGAAUGUUAGUCUUUUAAAAAUGUCUUGCAUUUUUAUAAUGAUUUCAAAGAACUGGAGCUGUAUACCUCUGUGUUCUCUGCAUUAUUUAUUUGAACCCUUCAUUACUGGCUUCAAAGAUUUUUGGGUGCAUUGAAAGGGCAAUGUCUGUUUCUGUUUGUUUUGGGAGUACAGUUUGUUGGAACACUGAAGUAAGAAUAAUUUUCUUUUUCUGUUCUAUCAAAAACUCAAAGAGAAUCAAUAGUCUGGUAAAAGAAGAGUUUAAUGAACUGUGGAAACAUUUUGUGAUGAAAAUACUUAAUGAUUACUACAAAAAUAAAUGCUUGAACUUUA